AGGAGAUAAGAAAAAGAGAAAAGAAAAAUCAAUGGCUGCUUCCUUAUCCACCUCCGUUGUAGCUUUAGCUUCGUCGCGCCUAUGGCGGCACCCUGCUUCCAACGCCGGGAAGAUUAGCGUCCCUUCAGCUUCGCUUUCUCUCCGCUCUGGUUCUAGACGGAGUCAUUUGUCUCUCGGCUCUUCUGCUACUUCUGCCAACGCUUCUUCUCAGCUGCUCCAUUGCUCUUUUCUCUCUUCACCUCUCUCCCUAUCGUCUACAUUUUCUGGCUUGUCUAUUGCGUUUGAUCCCAGCAAUGGAACCAGUGGCUUGCACGGCCAGAAACGAAGAGGAGGGCUUGUGGUGAGAGCUGGAAAAGCAGCUCUGUGUCAAACAAAAAGAAGCAGAUCAAGAAAAUCUCUGGCUAGGACUCAUGGUUUCCGUUUGAGGAUGAGAACCACUAGUGGUAGAGCCACCAUCAAGCGCCGACGUGCCAAGGGACGUUGGAAUCUCUGUCCUAAGUCCAACCCUAGCAGUGGCAAACGGGCUUGAAGGUGUCUUUUUGCUUCCUCAUUCUCUCUCUCUCUCUCUAAUAUUUUUGUUUGAUAUGCCUUCUCGGCAGAAGAUACAAUGAGAAACAUGAUUUCGAUGAGCUCUUGUCUGCUUUUGACUCUUUAUGUAUUCUUGAUAUCUUAUAAAAU